AUGGCAUCAGUUUUAGAACAAAUGAAAUUGUCGACAAAAGUUGUCGCAGAUUGUGUCGAUUUUAAAGUAAUGAAACAGGUUGGUGCCGUGGAUGCUACAACAAAUCCAUCCAUUUUAUUGGCAGCAUCAAAACUUGAUGAUUAUAAGCGUUUUCUGGAUGAAGGCAUUGCAUAUGCGAAAAAAUUCGGUUCGUCAUUAAAUCGUGAAGAAUUGCGUGCUUUGGCUGUGGAAAAAAUAGCGGUUUUGAUGGGAAAAGAAGUAUUAAGCGUUGUUCCUGGACGUGUUUCAACGGAAGUUGAUGCCAGACUUGCCUUUGAUAAAGAUGCUCAAAUUGCAAAAGCACUGACAAUUAUAAAGCUAUACGAAGAAGAAGCAAUUACAAAAGAGCGUGUGUUAAUAAAAUUACCCUCAACUUGGGAAGGCAUUCAAGCUGCUCGCGUACUUGAGAGUAAGCACGGUGUACACUGUAAUAUGACGUUACUAUUCAACAUUUAUCAAGCUGUCGCAUGUGCCGAAGCGAAUGCAACACUAAUUUCUCCAUUUGUUGGCCGAAUUCGUGAUUGGUAUUUAAAAAAUACAGAUUCGAAGGAUUAUAAUCGUGAAACGGAUCCUGGUGUUCAGAAUGUUCGAAAAAUCUAUAAUUAUUACAAAAAGUAUGGCUAUAAAACGGAAGUUAUGGCAGCAUCAUUUCGUAACGUAGAUGAAAUCAAAGGUCUUAUUGGUUGUGAUUUAAUGACGAUCAGUGCGGCAUUGCUUAAAGAUUUAUCGGUUGACCACGAAAAUGUCCCUGUAAUUUUAAAUCCAGAAAAAGCCAAAUCAUUUGAAAUGCAAAAAUUUACACUUGCCGAACCGAUGUUUCGGUAUGAAAUGAAUGAAGAUAAAAUGGCAACGGAUCUUUUGGCUGAUGGAAUACGUCGUUUUGCAGCAGAUGCUCGAGCAAUGGAAAGUUUAAUUGAUAAAGUUCUGUAA